CUGUUUCCUUUGCCAUUAGAGAGAGAGAGAGAGAGAGAGAGAGAGAGAGGAGAGAAAGAUGUGGCCAUUUAGCAGAAGAGGUGCGUCUGGAUUCUCAUGGUAUUCCACCGCUGAGGAGGUCACCGAAGGCCUUGAUGGCUCCGGCCUCACCGCCGUCGUCACAGGAGCAUCAAGUGGGAUUGGAUCCGAAACGGCGCGUGUUCUGGCACUGCGAGGUGUUCAUGUCGUCAUGGCUGUUAGGAACUUGUCUUCUGGUUCCGUUGUCAAAGAUUCGAUCUUGAAUGAGAUUCCUUCUGCUAAAGUUGAUGUCUUGGAGCUGGAUCUUACUUCUAUGGCUUCUGUGAGGAAGUUUGCUUCGGAUUUUGAUGCUCUUAACCUCUCCUUGAAUAUUCUCGUCAACAAUGCAGGAGUCAUGGCCACUCCCUUUAUGCUUUCCCAGGAUGGGAUAGAGAUCCAGUUUGCAACAAAUCACGUAGGUCACUUUCUUUUGACACAUCUUCUAUUGGAUAACAUGAAGAAUACAGCUCAUAAAAGUAGCAUUGAAGGGAGGAUUGUGAAUGUUUCUUCUGAGGGGCAUAGGUUUGCCUAUCGAGAAGGAAUUCGCUUUGAUAAGAUAAAUAAUGAAUCAGAAUAUACUAGUUUCUGGGCCUAUGGGCAGUCAAAACUUGCAAACAUAUUGCAUGCCAAUGAGCUCACCAGGCGUUUCAAGGAAGAGGGGGUGAACAUAACUGCUAAUUCUCUUCAUCCAGGAUCUAUUAUCACAAAUCUUCUGCGUUAUCACAGUUUCAUUGAUGUUAUUUCUCGUACGCUUGGGAGAUUGGUAUUGAAAAAUGCUCAGCAGGGUGCGGCGACUACUUGCUAUGUAGCUUUGCAUCCUCAAGUCGAAGGGGUGAGUGGGAAGUACUUCGAUAGCAGUAAUUUAGCUACACCAAGCUCCAAAGCUCUGGACAUGGACCUAGCCAAGAAACUGUGGGAUUUCAGCAUGGAAUUGAUUGGCUAAUGCAGUCAGGAAGCUCUUUCUUUUUAGAGGUCAUUACUAUCAAUGGAUGAUGUUUUUAGUUAAGGCAUUUCACUAUAUGUGUGUUUGGAGGUAACCGUGUAAUUUACCCAAUAAUAAUUAUGUAUCCUAGCAAUUACUUAAAAGACAAGGUGUUUUAAUAGUAAUUAUACAAUUACAUCUAAA